UCUUAUUUUAUUUUAUUCUUUCUUUUGUUUAUUGAUUUAUUGAUUUAUUUUUUUCUUCUUUUUAAGCUCUCUGUACUUUCUAUUUUAUUCGGCAUUUGCGUUUAUUUGUUUAUUCCAUACUACUGCAUUCUAAGCAAAACUGGACAUAAGCAUGCAUCCUUCUCCCCCUGCAAAGUCGGGAAUUACCUUUGUACAGACGGCGUUGGCCCGGGCGUUCACUCAAAAAAAGAUCGGAGAUUCUCGUUUUCUAGAGCCUGCAAGUACCUUACGGAGUAUGUCUCGAUAUGAAACUGCGUUUGAGAACGAAGAGGGGAACCACCAGUCCCGUUUGUAUCCGAAACCCCCGAAGACAACCUUUGGGCUUGCAACUUGCAAACAGCAGCAUCACAUGUCGGACGCUUCUUCCGGAAAUAAAUGGGCCCAGCUGGCCCUGAAGAAAAGAGAGAUAGACAGACAGAUAGAGGACAUCCGGGCGGAAUGGGUGGGGAAAAAGGGGGGGAGGGACAGGCUACAGGGGACAGGGGAAGGGACAGUAGUCGCAAUACCGACGGAUUUUUUUUUCUCAACCACAAAGCACGCCUUGACCGUUGAUUCGGGGAACCAUGCACUGAUGCUGGGAGGGCCCGGAGGGUUAGUGAAUACUAAAGUAUGUGGAACAAGGUGAGGUUGUUAUCAAGAGAGCACUAAGGAGUGGUUUGAAGGCCGUUGACGCAAUGGCCCGUUGCCUGCCAAGCACCUCUCGUGCUGCAUCGAUGGAGGCCCAGAUGAAGUCUGUGCUCCUCCGCUCUAGAGCGCCCGGCCGAAAUGUGGAAUCAGGAAUGAUUGUUUGUCUGCGCUGGAUUAGUGGCCUUAGUCUGGCUCUUGAAAAAAGCCGGAGCGUGGUUUAGCACCGGCGAACCGUGGUCGUUUUUAGUCCUGUGGUUACUCAUGUUUUAUUAUUCAUUCUUUAUGAUUUAAUUAUUGCUUCCUUGGCUUUUCAUUUAUUCUUUCC